UUUUUGUUAGGAUUGCCUUGUAUUUUGGAAUCAUCCAUCAUGAAAAGCAUAAUGCAGUACAUUUUGAUUUCAUGUUGCUUAUAAUCGUGAAAUCGUGUACGUUGUGUUCAGGUUUUCUCGUUUGGCAUCCUGACUUUUCUAGCAUUCCCAUCAUCUACUGUUUGAUGACUGGAAUCAUAUCCUGGUCUAAUUCUCAAUUUUAUCCUUCAUCUUCUCAUGACCUCUUAGCUCCCCGAUGGCCAGUGACGAUUCGGAUAAUGACGUCUCUCUGACUCCACCCUCUCUAGGAAAGACGACGGAGCAGCACGGUUCACCGAAAACAUUGUCCUUAAACGAACUCGGUCAGGAUGCCGACGAUGCAUCAGACGGAAAGGACUCACCGACAGAGCAGAAAGACGGUCAGAGUAGGACGUACAGCUAUAUGAGCCCAAUCAGCAGUGAUGUAGACGACGUUCCAGAAAAGCCUGAAGGAGGAGAUCGCACUAAACCGGCCAGGAGUCGGUCGAGGAAGAGUUCACACCAAGAAAUGCCUCGAAGGAGAGGAAGCGUCAGAAAGACACCGGGACGUAGCGAUAUCGCCACAGUUAAAAGCGAGUCUGAGCUGGAAGAGCACGUUACGGAAGCGUCACAAAGGAUGAGACGUCGGGCGAAGACGCCACGGAAGGGCUCAGACCAGGAAUCCAGAAAUGGGGUCACAAAGAAAGCGCCCACGUCCGGUGGCGCGUCAGAGGACGAAGCCGCUAAAGACUCUGCAGAGCGUCAAACCAAAAACAGUAGAAGUGAGCGCAGGCGUUCAGAUCCUGCGUCCUUCGACAACGACGAGGACGUGAAAGAGAAGCCAAAAAAGCGGCGUGUCAAAGUGACUCCGAAGCGGAAAGCUCAAGCUUUAAUAAAUUUACUCGGGGAGUCCGAUCAGCCGGAGCAACCUCCUGAGGGAUCACGCAAGCCACGAGUUAAGGAAAAAGAGGGAGCGAGCCCUCGUAAAGCCGUUCCCAUCGAGUGCGAAAUAUGCGGUCGGAGCAUCCGGUGCAAAGCCAUAUUGGAGAGGCACAUGCUCUCACACACAGGAGAGAAGCCAUUUGGAUGUGACGAGUGCGGCAAGCACUACACCAGCAGCUCCAACCUGCGCAUCCACCAGCUCAGCCAUAGCGGCAAGAUGGACUACGUUUGCAACGAGUGCGGCCAGAAGUUCACUCACCUGCCGUAUCUGAAAAGACACCUGUUGAGGCACGCGGGGAAGAAGAUGCACAUUUGUGAACACUGUGGCAAAGGCUUCAUCCAGAAAUACCACCUCCUGCGCCACCUCUUGGUACACACCAAGCAAACGCCGCAUAUCUGUGACAGGUGUGGUAUGAGCUUCAACCGGACAGACAACCUGAGACUACACCUGCACAGCGUCCACCAGAUCGAAAGGGACUUACCCGAGGCCAAGCCGGAAAAACUUUACACGUGCGAGACGUGCAAUAAAUCGUUCGUCAGCCAGGCUUCGCUGGAAAUACACAAACGCAUACACACGGGGGCCAUGCCGUAUUCGUGCACCGUAUGCUCGCGCCAGUUCAAACAGUCGAGUCACCUGUAUUCACACAUGUUCACACACGCCAGUGAGAAGCCACAUGCGUGUAACCUCUGUGAGCUGAAGUUCACUCGCAGAACCUACCUGCGAAAGCACAAAGAAAGGGUGCACGUCGGAGCCGGAGAGCUACAAACUUCUUGACUGGUUCUACAGCGUGGAAUAAUUUGAGAAUACUCAAAAACAUUUUCCCAUUUUAUUUUAUUUGUAUUUUUAUUAAGUUUUAAGUUUUAGUGAAAUCACAUACAGAGACACAUCUAGGGACAGGGAAAAAAAACAGUCCGAGCUGAAUAUUUUUUUAAAAAUCUUUAAAAACAAAAACAACAACAUUCGUUCUAGUGUAGUGGAAAAGCAGUUAUGUUGUUCAUAGGAAUCUGUGAAAGUCGGAAAAAUACAAAUAAUUUGUUUUGCUUCCUCACAUUCAGUCCUUCCGCUUACAAAGUACCCAGGUUUCAUCAAAGUUUUAAUUAUGACAUAUCUGUACCAGAACAGCUUUGUAGUAACUUGAAUUCACGCACUUAGUCCCUUUUUAUUUAUUUAUUUUGGUCUCUAUUUUAUUUAUUAGAGUAAUGUAUACAGUACAACCCUGAAACCCAGCACAAGCUCAGUUAGCAGACUUUGUUUUGUCCUGUAGGGGGCAGCAUAUCAUCACACACCACAGCACAGUUACCUUAUUAUACACUGCUUUGCCCCUUGCUACUUUUACUGCACUCUUUAUGUUUUAAGACCUCUUAGUGGUCCCUUUUAAGUCCUAGACAAGAAUUAAACAUUGCCUUAAAAUGUCCUUAAGUGUGUAUAUAAUAAGGUGCUUAAGUACUGCAUUACUGCACUAUAAUGCAGCGCAGAAAACAAAAACAUUUUGUACAGAACAUCGGUGAAAACUUAAAUAUCCAUAAACAUGAAAAUAGCUGCUCCUUGUUUACAUUAGAACAAUAUUGUAAUCAGUAUUUUCCAUAUAUAAACACCACCUUGGUUUAGCAUUUAUUUGCCAUGAGGUUGGUUCAUCGCAUUCCCUUUAUGGAUACGUGCUAUUUAAGAGGAGGUAGUUUUAUCAGCUUUGGUCCGUCGAGCCGCUUGGCGCCGGCAGUGCAGGUAAACAGAGAGAGGAUGUAUAAAGGCCAGGCAACUCAGGACGGUCAGAGCAACAUUAACCUGUGGUACAGAAAGACUCCCAUCAGCGUGCGAUCUCUGGCUGAGAUAACAUUAACACACAAACGUGAGUCGGAAAGGCGAAAAAGAAAAAAAAGUCUUAAUGUUUCUCUGGAUAUUCGUUUUGCUUAAUCCAAAUCCGAGCGCAAUUGAUAUUUUGGCUUGUGUUCUGUUUGUUCCGAGAUCUGAUCCAGCCAAGUGUUGGAUAUGAUUGAAUAUGCUGAGCGUGAAGUGUGUGAGCGAAAGGGAGAAAGCCACGUGAACGUGUGACUCACCGCAAAUGGAUCUCCACCAAGAGGUCCAGUGAUGAGAGAGAAGCAGGGGUACUGUAGGACGGACAGCAGCGCCGAGAGAGCCAUCACUGUUCCGUACAGCUUUCCGAAAUGUGCAGGAGGGAACCUGGAUAGACACAGUGGUGUACAGCAGAAAUAAAAAAAGGUCCACAAAAAGAAUUAUUACACGUACACGGAAGCUGCACAUGUGGAGAGGAAAAUGCCGGCCGUUUUUCUUACCCAAGUGGUAUGUGUAAAACAAACAGUGUGAGAACAGAGGCUGAAUAAACGUUUAUCACACGC